UUUGAUCGGAUCAGUGUCAGUGAAACUUUUUAUGUGGAAACGUUGCUCCGUCUUUGAAUUAGUUUUCGGUCCGAUGUGAAUUUGAAUAAAAUUAAAAAUGGAAGUGCCGUCGAGUGAAACGGUCAUGAAACCGACGUUGAGUGAAACGUUGACGAAACCGGUGCCGAGACCGUUUUCUAUAGAAGCAUUGAUGAGUGAUAGUGGACCUAAGAGAAAUAAUAGUCUUGCAUGGAAUUUCACUAAUCAACAGUAUCAAGUGAAUAAUUGUAGGGAUACGGAUUCUGAUGGCAGUGUGGAUAUGGAUCUUGCUCAAGAUUUGUCAAGGAGGAGCCAAAAAGAUGGCUCGGACCUAGAAGACGACACCGAAGAAACCCAAAACUCCGACGGCACUGGCACGAAAGCGCGCCGCCGUCGCACCGCCUUCACCAGCGAGCAACUCCUGGAGCUGGAACGCGAAUUCCACGCCAAAAAGUAUCUGUCGUUGACGGAGCGCAGCCAAAUCGCCUCCGCUUUGCGCCUUAGCGAAGUCCAGGUGAAAAUCUGGUUCCAGAACAGACGCGCCAAAUGGAAACGGGUCAAAGCCGGCCUCGGUGCCGGUCCCCACCAGCCCAAAAGUGGCGGCCAGCAGAAGAGCAAACUCGUCGUCCCGAUUCCCGUUCAUGUGAACCGAUUUGCUGUCAGGAGUCAGCACCAGCAGCUGGAAAGGGCCUUGGGAGACCUGGCUGGGAGGGUUUUGGCAAGUCAUGCAGCUCUAAGAGCAGGACUUGACCUGCAUGGGUAUCAUCAUCCACCGCCACCGCCUCAUUGAAACGCUGCUGGAGUUUACUGACGAUUGUGGUUGGUGACAAUAGUGGCACUUAUGGACGGAGUAGAGACGAGAUUUUGUAUUAUGGUGCAUAUUUUAUUUAAACACUACUGUUUAAAAAUUAUUAUAUUUGAAAGUAAUAACGUGCAAUAGGUUUAGAUUUCCUAGAUUGAGAAUUUUUAUUAUUGAAAUAAAUACUUAAUUCUUUAUCAGAAAUACAAAGUAUUGAUCGCUAGAGACGGAUCAGAACAGUUUUAGCAAUUUUACAAAAAUUAUAAUUUUUUUACCAGCUCGUGGCUUCUUAAACAAUUUUAAUAAAAUUUUUCUAAACACUAAAAUGCGUUUUGACUUGAAAACCUCUUAAAGUACUCGAAUAUGUUAUUUAGUUCUAGUUUAUAAAAGUUAAAGUGUUUAAAAAAGUACCUAUCUAUAAAAUGAAGGCAUUUUUAGCCCAAAUCCAAGAUUCUUUUGUAAUUUUUGAUAAAAUUUUGUAACAUAAUUGAGUUUUAAAGCAAAACCUUACACACAGACGCGUUGUUUUUCGGUUUAUUUUGCCAAACAUUUGCGAAAAAUCGAAUGCGUUUCGAUAAAACGCAAAGCGGUAAAAAUCUGCCUCUGUUUUAUAAAAAUCGUUUUGUAGUAGGAUCUGUAAGUGGAGAGUGACUAUUUGCUCAAUUAUUCGUUAACAUGUAAUAAAAAUGCAGGGUGGGACGAAGAUAAAUACCACUAUUACAAUAAUAACGAAUAGAAAACUAAAAGAUUCAAAAAAUUCACAUACGUUUGCUGUUUUAUUGAAAAUUUCUUCUAAAUAAAUAUACACAUAAAUUUUUGUAAUUACAAUGAGAGUGUAAUAAUGGCAACUCGUUGCACUCUGUAUCAUAACAUAACUCAUUUAAUUUCAUGAUUGUAUAAGUUUGUUUUGGUAUGCUCCCCGUUAUAAAAGAACUGUCAGAUCUGAAUGUAUCUAUACAAUGUAUUUUUUUGUAGUAAUUUUAAAAAUUACCAAGGGUUGUAAAUAUUUGUGUACAAAAUUAAUUUAGUACUUAUAAAUAAAUAAAGAAU